GUUUUAUUUAGAUAUAUUUGUCAAUAUAAAUUUCAAUUAUUGUUAUGAAGGUAGUUGCUUUAGACACAACGUCAAAAUUAAUCAAAACUGACACUUCCGUCAAAUCGCAUUAGAUUUUCGCAAUACCCCGUAAAGAAAAGAUGUUUACGACGCAAAAACAGAAAAAUAACAAUAGAAAAAAACCUCCGCCACGUCCUCCACCUCCGAACUUUACGAAAUUCAAAAGUAAGUCGACAAUAUCGCUAAAUCAACAAGAAAAUUUGAUCGAUUGGAGCCCCCCGAGUUCCCCCAAAGUCGAGAGAAACCAGCAAUUUGGCGGGAGUGUGUCCAGCUCGUUUAGCAGCAGCACAAGCAGCUUAGCCUCAAGCAAGAAGAGUUUUGAAUUCGAUUUGCCCGUAAAUUGGCCUACGAACUCUUUUGUCAGUCAUGUUUCAACGAACACAACGCUGGGACCAACGAUUAUACGUGCCAAGGGAAGUAAAAAACCCUCCAGAAAUAAUUUAGAAAUGUUGGCAAUUGGCUUAAAGGGCCCUGAUUCGCCUCCAAUGCCAAGCAUUCCGCCUCCCAGUCCUCCAAAAAACGUAUCCGACAUUGAUACUCCCUAUGGAAUUGCUUUGUUCGAUUUUAACGCAUCACAACCAUCAGAUCUGACUCUCCAGGUGGGAGAUGUUGUUUUGUUAACAAAACGAAUCAACGACGACUGGUUGCAAGGGCGAGUUUUGGACAGCGAGGGCAUUUUUCCCGCAAAUUUUAUUGAACUUAAGGUUCCGUUGCCUGAAGAAAAAAACAUCGUCACUGCGUUGUACGAGUUUAAAGCUCAAAUGGCAGAUGAUUUGAAUUUAAAAGUUGGCCAAAAGGUUAACGUAACAAAAAUAAUUAAUACAGAAUGGCUGUAUGGCACAUCGAAUGGCAGAAGAGGGCAAUUCCCUUCAAACUAUGUUGAUAGAAUUCCAAAGAUUUAGUGUUAAUUUUUGUACAAAGAAAAACAUACAAGCAGGGUUUUGAGUAUUAAAGAUGUGAUUUAACACAUGCAAAAUUACACAUUCAAAAUGUGAUAAGCAGUGCCUUACUGAUUAGGCCUACAAUAAUUUUAUUUUUGUAAAAUAUAUACUGAUUAUACAAAUAAAUAAUGACGUUUU